AUGUACCCAAUGGAGAGGUUUUUAGGAACACUUAAAUCUUAUGUUUCUAAUAAGGCCCGUGCCGAGGGAUCCAUUGCUGAAAGGUAUAUAGCGAAAGAAUGUUCGGAUUUCUGUUCUAGAUAUCUUAAAGGUGUUGAAACCCAAGCAAAUAGGCUAGAUAGAAAUGAUGACGGGUUAGACGAUUUGAAUUACAAGGGGUUUGAUGUUUUCCGCUACAAAGGUAGAUGUAUUGGUGCUGCAAACUACGACCCUAUAGAGCAGGCUGAUUUCCAUAAGAUCCAAUGGUAUGUCUUCACCAAUUGUGAUGAAAUUGAACAAAAAUUAAAGUAA